AUGUUCUUCACUUCCACUUCAUUGUCUUCCCGCUCCUGCAGCAGUUGGUCACACAGGAGUUUGGAUGACUCCAAUUCCUUAAGUGCUGCCCUCAGUUUAAUUUCCAUUUCCUUUGCCCGGGUCAUCAUAUUGGCAGAUAAUUUCCAAGGAGAUAUUGCGAUACCAAACGUUGACUACUUCAAACCACCAACUAGUGCCCCAGUCAACAAGAUAAACAAGUCACUUCAAGAAGAGGUAGAGAGGCUGAAGAAAGAGGUGCUAUUAGAGGGACUUCAGGUUGAAGAAGAGGGCCUGCCUGAUAUAUUGAGGAAGAGGACCAAACAACCUUUGCCGUUGUCGCAAGAGAAGCCAAAGAAAUACAAUGAAGCUGUGCUGAUGACGAAGGCUUUGCCUCCAGGCUUAGAUAAAUCGCUGUUGUUAAAAAACGGCAAAUUACCUCCAGAUGAAAUGUUAGAUAAUUACACUAAUUCGUUUAAUCAAACGAAAUCGGAGCACUUCAAUCAAACAACGGUACAGGAUAACCUGACCGAAUCGGAGAGUUUGGAACAAGACGGCGUAUUAGUCGUAAACGUAUCAACGAACCACAUACUCAAUUUAGACGAGUUCUACCCUAAUCUACAAAUCACUAAUGUCUCUAACAAAAUGGAUGAGAUCACUAAUAAGAUUCAGAGCAACAGUAGGGAGAUUACAGGAGAUUCUAAAAAUAACAUCAAGUUCAAGGGUCUGCCUGAUAACAUCACCGUGGCUCCUGCUCCCACUAAUGGAGUUUUGCCAUCGAGUGAGCAGGAUGAAGAGAAGAUAAUAAACAAAACAGAUUUAGAAGAUGGAAAGUUGUCAGAACCUAACUUGUUGAGACCGACGGAGAGCCUGCAGAAUCUGAUGGAUGAGACUGGAGGUAGACGUUACCGACGGAGGAGAAGGAGACACGGUAAUGGAAGACGGCUUAGAAAUAUCCACUCAAGCGAGAGAGCAGGACAGAAUACGUUUGACUCUUCUGAAAAUAAAACGACAUCCCAAUUUGUAAGGAAAAAGUUUUUUCGUCACCACAAGAAGCACAACAGUGGAGAACUUAGAACUGAAAAGAAGUUCGAAAUUCCUGAACAUGAGUUCGAAGAGAGGUUCGAAGUGAAACCGCCACCAAAAAAUAUUUUGAAUGAAACAGAAACGCAAAAUUUUGACAAUUGGUUUUUUCGAAACGACACUGAUGACUUAGAAGCGGUUGAAAGUAAUUACUAUAAUGGAACUGAGGCAAAAAAACGUCAUCGCUCAAUACGUGCAGCGACGAACAGGAAGGAAAGAAUUUGGGAGAACGGCGUGAUUCCCUACGAGAUCGAUGGUAACUUCAGCGGGGCCCACAAGUCCUUGUUCAAACAAGCUAUGAGACAUUGGGAAAACUUCACUUGCGUGAAAUUCGUAGAAAGAGACGCUGAUCUACAUAAAGAUUACAUUGUUUUUACUGAACGUCCUUGUGGAUGUUGCUCCUUCGUUGGGAAGCGCGGCAGUGGUGCUCAAGCAAUCUCCAUCGGGAAGAAUUGUGAUAAGUUCGGCAUUGUAGUCCAUGAGCUGGGUCACGUGGUUGGGUUCUGGCACGAGCACACGAGACCGGAUCGAGAUCGCCAUGUUCAGAUCAUCAGGGAUAAUAUUAUGCUCGGUCAAGAAUACAACUUCAACAAGCUGACAGAAGAAGAAGUGAAUUCCCUUGGACAGACGUAUGACUACGACUCCAUCAUGCACUAUGCGAGGAACACAUUCAGUAAAGGGACGUAUCUGGACACCAUACUGCCUUUAGAGGUCCACGGGAAGAAGAGACCGGAGAUAGGACAGAGAGUGAGAUUGAGUGUCAGCGAUAUAGCACAGACCAAUUUGCUGUAUAAGUGCGCAAAAUGCGGAAGAACACUGUUGGGGAACUCAGGGUGGUUCAAUUCACCCGGGUGGGGCAGUGAGACGCCUCCAGCAACCCCGGAACGAUGCGAAUGGAGGAUUGUGGCAACACACGGAGAAAGAGUCGUACUCAACAUUACCGAAAUCGACAUACACAAGUCAGAAGACUGCAGGUCUGAAUGGGUGGAAGUUAGAGAUGGGUACAUGCCCGACGCUCCCGUUCUGGGCAGGGUCUGCGGAUCUGGCAAAGGACCCAUGAUGAGGUCAACUGGCUCCAGACUGACUGUUGUAUACCAACCUGGGCCAAGACCCAAACCUCAUAGAGGUUUUAGGGCAUUUUAUGAAGCUGUUUGUGGAGGAGAUAUAGAAGUAGACAGCACCGGUCAUCUGGAGUCACCGAAUUAUCCUGAUGACUAUCAACCCAACAAGCUAUGCAUUUGGAGGCUUUCUGUACCACAGGACUACCAAGUCGCUCUUCGCUUUCAUUCCUUCGAAGUAGAGAACCACGAUACUUGUUCUUACGACAAGGUCAAAGUAAGGGAUGGUGACUCCAUGGAUAGUCCACUUAUCGGUAUGUUCUGCGGACAUAAAAUACCUCCAGAUAUCAGGUCUACAUCCAACAAAUUAUUGGUCAUCUUCGAAUCGGACAGCACAGUUCAGAAGGCUGGUUUCUCCGCGACUUUCAUGAAAGAGUUUGACGAGUGCGCUUCAAUAGAACAUGGGUGCAGUCACUCUUGUGUCAACACUCUCGGAGGGUAUGAAUGUGCUUGCGACAUUGGAUACGAACUACAUUCGGAUGGGAAAAAGUGCGAGAAUGCUUGCGGAGGUUCACUAUACGCACCAAACGGAACGAUAACGUCACCAUCAUUCCCCGACUUGUAUCCACCUUCAAAGAACUGCCUCUGGGAGAUUGUAGCCCCUCCACAGCACAGGAUCACUCUGAACUUCACACACUUCGAUUUGGAGGGCAACAAUAUGUACCAGCAGGAGUGUGAGUAUGACAGUGUGACGGUGCACUCCAAGUUGGGAGCUGAUGUGUUGAGGAGGCAUGGAGUGUUUUGUGGAUCUGCGCUACCACCGCCCGUUACUUCUGAUGGAUCUGUAUUGAGAGUACAGUGUCAGAAGUGGGAUUGGAGAAAAAUGCCGCUAGUGCCGCAGGACGUAAGAGGAGUGAGUACCCGUGCUAUGUCAGAAGCGCAGCGUGUGAGGGAAGAGGGUGCUGCAGCUCAGACCAGCGAUGCAGAAGCCAAGCCUGUGCAGAUGGAUCUUCUGCUACAGCUGCGGCAAAUGAUGGCAGAACAGCUGCGUGAGCUGAAAGAAGAUCAAGCGCGCCGCCAAGAAGAGCAAGCACGCUGUCAGGCAGAACAGCUGCGGGAGCUGAAAGAAGAUCAAGCGCGCCGCCAAGAAGAGCAAGCGCGCCGCCAAGAAGAGCAAGCGCGCCGCCAAGAAGAGCAAGCACGCUGUCAGUCAGAACAGCUGCGGGAGCUGAAAGAAGAUCAAGCUCGUCGCCAAGAGGAGCAAGCGCGUCGCUUGGAAGACAUGCAUAAAGAUUUCACGAAGGGACUGCAAAAGGCUGUCGAACGGGUACAAGAAGUGGAGGAAGGUUUAGGCAAGUUGGAACAUCGCGUCAUGGCGAUAGAGGAGAGAGUGGAAGAAGAGAUCUCCAAAAUCAAGCAGGAAAUGACAAGCCCAAGCCCUUUGAAGAGCCGAAGCCGUCUUGCAGCCGUUUUUGACGCCCCAAAUGCGGCCUCAAGCGCAACGAAAGGGCUGAAGAUUCCCCAUUACGACGGAACAACAUCCUGGACCGCGUUCAAGCUACAGUUUGAGACACUUAUGGAGGCUUAUGGUUGGACUCAGAAGGAAGCACAGUCAGCCCUCACCCUGGCCCUCCGUGAUCAAGCGCUCUCAGUGCUGGAAGCUAUCGGCGCAAGUGGGGAUCUCAGCUUUAGUACCCUCCUCGACGCACUUGAGGCACGUUUUGGAGACAGCCACCUCGAGCACGUGUACAGAGCGCAAUUAAAAGAGCGUACUCAGCGUGCUAAUGAGAGUCUACAGCAAUGGUCCGUGGAAAUCGAGAAACUUGUGCGUCGAGCUUUUCGGUCGACUCCAUCAAUGAUUGAAGGCACGCUUCUCCAAGCAUUCAUUGACGGUGUUCGGGACCCCGAAGUACGAGCUGCUGUUCAUCUGGGCCAUCACAAGAACAUGAAAGAAGCUCUGGCCUAUGCAUUGGAAGUGGAAGCCGUGCGUGGUAACUCCCGUACCUUACGUCUGCGGGAAAUGACGACAACGGAGCAGGUACCUCCACGCCGUCGGAACUUCAUGUGCUAUGGAUGCGGAGAGCGUGGGCACAUGCGGAGCGACUGCCCGAAGAAGUUCACAUCGGACGGCUCAGUGCAUCGGUCAGGAUUUGCAGCGGCUUAUUACAUUGACGUGGAUGAAUGUGCGGAGAACAAUGGUGGUUGUCAACACGAGUGUCGCAAUACCCUGGGUGGGUAUGAGUGUGCGUGUUACAGUGGCUUCACAUUACACGCCAACGCACACGACUGCAAGGAAGGAGGCUGCAAACAUGACGUCACGCAACCACAUGGCACUAUUUUCAGUCCAAACUACCCUGCUACAUACCCACCCCGGAAAGACUGCGUGUGGCAGUUCUCCACGACACCGGGCCACAGGAUCAAACUAGUCUUCCAGAAGUUUGAGUUGGAACCACACCCUGAAUGCGCCUACGAUUAUGUGACGCUAUACGACGGCGCGUCAGCAGACGAGAAGACGCUUGGUCUUUUCUGCGGGAACCGGCUACCACAUCCUAUCGUAGCGUCACAGAACCAGAUGUACGUGGUCUUCAAAUCUGAUGGUUCCGUUCAAAGAAGCGGAUUCCUGGCUAAUCAUUCUACUGCUUGUGGCGGUUACCUGGCAGCAACAGAGGCAGUCCAGCACUUGUACUCGCAUGCUCGCUACGGUGACAACGCGUACGAAUCUCGGGCUAACUGUGACUGGAACAUUGAAGCUCCUCGCAACCACUUCGUGAAGCUCACCUUCUUGACUUUCGAACUGGAACCAGAAGCUAAUUGCCACUACGACUACGUGCAAGUGUUUGGAGGAUUAGAUGGCAGUGGAGGAAAUUAUGGUACCUUCUGCGGAACUAAGAUGCCACCUGAAAUAGUAUCAACUUCCGAAGCCCUCCUCAUAAGAUUCCGUACAGACGACUCUCUAGUGUUCAAAGGCUUCUCAGCGUCAUAUCAGAUGGUGAAGCCCGUGUGGAGUGAAGAAGACAGCUUGGAAGGCGCUGAGUAUGAUGAAGAGGAAGAUGAGAGGAUGCCCCCUUUGGUCGUCGGCAGGAGGGGCCUGCGGGCCUCCAUGCCUCGCUUCGUACGUCGUCCUACGUGACGCUGGCCGCUACCCCGACACCCGAGACAUCGCCGACCGCACCGCAAUAGCCGGACCUAAUCGGUUACACCGUUAUUUUUUAUAAUUUGGCAACACUGAAAAAAACCACUAUUAUCCGAGAAAUUUUGACGUUUAGAGUUCAUAGUUGCCAUAUAAAAUUCAAUUUAAGUACAAUUUUUCGACAUUAUAUUUGUUUGUGAUGUUAGUUUUUUAUUAGAUAUUAUUUUAUUGUAGAGCAAUGCGGUCAGUUGCUAUUAUAACAAUUACGAUAAAGACACUAUUUUGAAAUGUUAUUUUUUACGACUGAAUAAAAAUGUAAAUAAAUUAAUAUUCCUAGUCUAAUUUAGGUCUAUUACUUAAUAUAGUGGUUACCAUUGUAAUACUCGUACGAGAUUAUGUAUGAAUCGCGUUAUCCAUAUAAGUGAUGUUAUUUAUUAUCAUAAUGAUAAUCUAGCCUACUACCAAAGAAAUGUUCGUAGCUCUCAUUAGUAACAGUUUUUACAUAAAGUUUAUCGCAUUUUCAUUAUGUAUUUUCAAGAGGAAAGCUAUUGUAACCGCUAAUCGAUGUUAGACAAGCGCACAUAGAAUCAUUAAUAUGCAUUUAUAUGAACUAAUCUAAUUUAGAGGAUAGAAUUUGAGACAAUAUAUAAUUUUAAGAGCUAGUAUAAGAUGUAAAAAGUUAUUUUAUAAUAGGUGUUCAAUUCAUAUCAAAACGUGAAUACAUUUAUUGUAUAUUGUAUACUAUUGAAUAAGCACUUUCCUGAAUAUUAGAAUACCUACCUAGAAUUUUGAUUAUUUUGGCGAACAGAAGUCAAUACCUACUCUCUACAUUUUAAACUUUUUCCUUAAUUUUACUGUAAAGUACACGAAAAGUAAAGAUCAUCAAAAGAAUCAACGAUUUAUUUUUGCUUUCAAAAGGUAAUUUUGAUUGUACCUACCUACAUAAUUUUGUACUUAAUAACUAAGAAAACAAAAACUAAUACUGCAUGUAAUUUAACAUAUUUUUAAUUCUUGUUGAUUUGUGACAGUUAAUACUUUUAAUACAUAAAUAUUGAAGUCAUAUUUCUAUCUUUCUUAGUUGUCAUUGUGCCAAUGGGAUACUUAGUUACUGUUAAAAUGCCAUAGACUAAAUUAGGAUAGUGUUUUGUAACUUAAUUAUGAAUAUUUAUACGUAGGAAUGUUAUUUUUAUUAAAAU